CGUAAAUGGCUAGCUGUAAUCUGGCGACCCCGUGCGGCAAUGAAUACAAGCCGAGUAUUGUAGCCAGCCAGAUCGCACAGACGACCUGCUGGGUAAACAACAGUGUUCACUCGAGAGACAAGAAUGGGGACUUCGUCGAGGACUCAGAGUGAGGUGUUUUGAGAUGAAGUGGUUCGAAGCAUCGGAACUGCACACUCACUCUCUUAGGCUGGUGAGGACAGAGCUGCCACUAUGAAGAGUGAAGUGCCGUCUAAGGCCUCCAGCAGACAGGAGCACCUGAAGGAGCCUCUGGUGAACCCAGAGGCCAUGGAGGCAGCUAAGAGCUUCCCUAGCAACAUGGAGGUGAUUGGAAUGGCAGACAACGAAUUUGCAACCCUGUGUUCCGAAUCGAGGCAUCGCACCUUGAGGGACACGGCGGCUCACAAGGACUCAGAGCGAGGUCUUCCCGGACGUAGAAAAAGAAAGGUCCAACAGGCAGGACCGUCUGACUGUUCCCUUAAAGUCGGCCAUUUUAGUGAGACUCCUGUGGCCCCUCAGCGUCCCAGGGAAGAACUCUUGCAUCACUCUAGCGAAGAUGAACUUAAUCAUGAGUCAUCUUUUAGUGACUGUGCCUCAUCACCUUCCUCCAGCUUACGAUUCGGUGACUCGGAGACACUGAGCUCCGAGGAGGAUGCGGAAGCUGGACCAACAGGAGGCCAACAAAAAGCCCCCGUCCUCACAACAGGAGCCACUGGAAUUAGUCUUCGCCCCAUCGUGGGUCGAACGAGGCGGACCCGCUCACAUAAAUGGGUGCGGCCUGAGGCGGAGCCGUUGUUGCUGAAGCGGCCCAGUUUGAGCAGUCGGCGGCCUCUACAUAGGAAACGAUUUGUCAAAUCAGUUCCUGGGGGAGGGCAGCGCACACAGAAGCAAAAGGAGCGACUACUACUGCAGAGGAAGAAACGAGAAGUGAUUGCACGGCGAAAAUAUGCUUUACUUAAUAGCACAAGUAGUUCAAGUGAGGAGCUUAGCAGCGGCUCGUCCUCCCCCUCCUCGACUGAAGCAGAGGAUGAACUAUAUGUGGAUGUCAGCAGCACCAGCAGCCAGCCCAACAGCGCUGCAGUAGCCACAGGUGCUCUGGAUGAAGACGUGGUGGUAAUUGAGGCUACUCCAGCUCCGGCACCUGCUGUCCCUGCCAGCGAGGAGAUCAACGUCACCUCGACAGACAGUGAGGUGGAGAUCGUCACAGUUGGAGAUACUUUCAGGUCGCGCUCACUGGGCGGUCUCAGUAGGAUAUGGGCUAACAGUUGCUCUCAGAACCGUCUUCAGGAGCCCAGAGGACGUCACAGACUGUCCACCGUCAUCCAGCCGCUGCGUCAGAAUUCUGGGGAGGUGGUGGACCUCACUGUUGAUGAAGAUGACCUCUCAGUUGUGCCAACAACCUCUGGCAGCAUUCACCCUCAAACAGUCAGGUCCUCCUCCUCAUCAUCUUCCCAGCAUGCCUCUACCUCAGAGCUCAAUGAUGCCGCCGGCCCCUCCACUAGCUGCCCUGCCUCAAUAUCCAACAGUAUGCACGCAUCGAGGCCGAGUGGCUCGACUCGAACAGCCACAGAAGAUGACAGCAGACCGGGUUUGUCAGUUUCAGUGGGAGAAACCGCAAGCACGGCUAUGCCCAGGCUCCCGUCGUGCUGUCAGCAACACUCACCGUGCGGAAGGCCCUCCCCCGGUCAUCUGUCCCUCAGCCACUCCCAUUCGAGCUGCAUGCAGGCCUCGACCUCUCAGGCCAAUGGCUCGCAGCAUGGUCACGGCAACGCGCACCAUUUUGUCCUUCAUGUCCACCACCCCACACCACAGCCCCCGGGUACCCUGCCUUUCCAAGAGCCGAGCUGUGCUGUGGAAAGGCCCAGUGCACUGCCUGCACCUUGUGCUGGAGUGAGCGGCGGGAGUAGCAAUAGCAGUGGCGGCAACAACGCUGCAUCCCAUUACAAUGACCAGCAAACUCUGCCAGUGGACCUGAGUAACAGUAGUGUUCGAAGCAGCGGUGCUAGUUUCCAUGGCAGCACGUCAGCCUUUGACCGCUGCUGCCCAGGCUCCACCUCACGGCCUCCCGCCUUCGUUUCCCAGGCCACCCCUGGCCCGAGCCAACCAGCUGUGGUGGAUUCUUUCAGCGCCGGCAUCGUGGCCCAGCCUCAAACACAGCUACAGCAGCCUUGCAGACAUUACAUACACCCCUCGUAUGGCUCUCUGGCACGCUCAUUGCAUCAUCAGCCCUCUACUGCCUGCCCUCAUUCCCACGGGAACCCCCAACUUACAUCUCAGCCGCCUCCGCAAGGCGAUUAUGUCCUUCCCCACAAUGUCCACUCCUUUCAUCCGCCGCUGCCAUCCCACCCGUCAGGCCACACCGUACCCAGCGCCCCUCCUCUAUCCGCCCACCACCUCUCCGGUUCGAGUGCCCCACUGGCACAGCACCUGCCCGCGGACCACCAGACCCUGCCGCACCAUAUGCCACCACUCGGGUCAGUUCAGCGGCUCCAUCAACACGAAAUGUUGCAAAGGAUGGAGGUCCAGAGGCGCAGAAUGAUGCAGCAUCCCACACGAGCGCACGAGCGUCCUCCUCCUCACCCUCAUAGAAUGCACCCCAACUAUGGCCACGGACACCACAUCCACGUGCCACAGACGAUGUCUUCCCAUCCUCGCCAGCCAGAGCAGAGAACCGCGUGGGAGCUCGGGAUUGAGGCAGGAGUGACAGUGGCGUCGUACCCUUCGGGGCACCUGCACUCCCACCUGCACCACUACCACCCCACCUCCAGACUGCACCACUUCCCCAUCCCCUUCAUGCACACUGGUAUAUCUGAAGUCACUUACCCGCACAUUCGCUACAUCUCAUCUAGAAUGACUGGCUUUGGAAGAACCUAUGAGGACCUGCUGCAUUUAGAGGAAAGACUGGGGACUGUGAACCGAGGAGCCUCUCAGGGAACCAUAGAGAGGUGCACUUACCCACACAAAUACAAAAAGAAGGUGUUGGAGAGAGACAUUGACCAACAGUUAACCCCCGAAGCUUGGGCCUCUAUUGGGAAAAAUAUGCACGCAACCCCUGAAUCGAGAAAGCUGCAUGGCAAGCAGGAUGAAGACGAGGGGGCGGAUGAAGACACGGAGGAGAAGUGCACCAUCUGUCUGUCCAUACUGGAAGAGGGGGAGGACGUCAGGCGCCUGCCGUGCAUGCACCUCUUCCACCAGCUGUGUGUGGACCAGUGGCUGCUCACCAACAAGAAGUGCCCCAUCUGCAGAGUGGACAUUGAGGCGCAGUUGUCUGCUGAGAGUUGAUGCUGUUUGAUUUGUACCCCCUCCCUACCCACCAACCGCGUCUCUUUCUAACAAACACCUUUGUUUCCAUAUUCAUUUUCAUUUCCUCCUGAGUACUGCAGUCAACCAAAGAAGGCAAUGAAUAUACCUGCGCAGCUCUACUACUAGGAACAUCUUGACAGUGCUGGCUUUCACUUCUUCUCCAUUAAUUAAGAGUUUAUGUAUUUAUAAAGCUUUUAUGUAGCUUUUCGAUCGUUCCCUCAAGUGUCAUCCCCCCCCCCUCCCCCGCAUGUUUCCUUGCAAAAUGCAUUUGUUUGCACAUGUACCACGGGCUUAAAGGUGAGGAGAGCUGCUCUAGUAAAGCCACAAGGCCUUGCUUUACUGGACUAGAAUGUCAGCCUCCACAACAACAAGGCAGAGUUCAUUUUUACCAAUCAUCGUAUUGACUAGUUUGUUUAGAGGAUGUGGAUUGUUAGUGAAAGAUUUUUUUUGUUGUUGGUUUUUUUUAAGAAGCAUUCCUAGACAUUCCUAACUAGGGAAAACUAUGUUUAACAGAUCAGCUGCUGUACUAGUACAUACACACACACACACACAUACUUGCACACAGUAUUUUUUUCAGCACUCGGUGUUACGCCCCACAAUUGUCAACACACUAGUCGCAUCCAUUUCACACAAUAAGAAUGUCACACAGCCCUUUUCCAGAAGCGGGGCUUGUCGGUACGUGUGCAGGUGGUCAUAUCACAGAGAGCUAACUAAGCUAGAUGGAUAUUUAGACGGCUACAUAUAGCGUGUUUCCCUGCCCCCUCCUGUCACUCCGUCUCUGUAGAUGAGCAUCAGCUGUGGGGAAAAGAUGACACACAAAAGUGUUCACAGGCAUAGACUUGCACAAGAGAAAGAGAAAAGGCAGGAUUAGUUGCGAUCACAACACCGUGCUGAGGCCAUGUAUUUCCACUCUGACUGUGAAAUACAGUCCAGUUUAAAAAAAAAAAACAUUAUUUUGAAUGGAGUGAUGAAAUGCAGUACUUUGAAUGAAUCAAAAGCAGGUAUACAUGCGGUCAUCACCCACCCCCUUCAAAGGCACCAGAAGCAUAUUCUGUGGGAUUUAUAUUAGUUUAAAAAUAUUAAUAAACUUGGAUAACUCUU